CCUCCCACCUCAGCCUCUUGAGUUGCUGGGACUAUAGGCUCCCACCUCCACCUCCACUCCUAGCCUCAGUUCAGAGUCUGUCAUCUGAACCAUGAGGAUCUGGUGGCUUCUGCUUGCCAUUGAAAUCUGCACAGGGAACAUAAGCUCACAGGACAUGUGCAGGCAAGGGCACCCUGGCAUCCCUGGGAACCCCGGUCACAAUGGUCCGCCUGGAAGAGAUGGACAAGAUGGAGCGAAGGGUGACAGGGGAUGCAGGUAUUCAUCUGGAGAACCAGGACGUCCUGGCAGCCCGGGGAAGGAUGGGACGAGUGGAGAGAAGGGAGAAUGAGGAGCAGAUGGAAAAGUUGAAGCAAAAGGCAUCAAAGGUGAUCCAGGCUCAAGAGGAUCUCCAGGAAAACAUGGCCCCAAGGGGCUUGCAGGGCCCAUGGGAGAGAAAGGCCUCCGAGGAGAGACUGGGCCUCAGGGGCAGAAGGGGAAUAAGGGUGACGUGGGUCCUACUGGUCCUGAGGGGCCAAGGGGCAACAUUGGGCCUUUGGGCCCAACUGGUUUACCGGGCCCCAUGGGCCCUAUUGGAAAGCCUGGUCCCAAGGGAGAAGCUGGACCCAUGGGGCUCCAGGGUGAGCCAGGAGUCCGGGGAAUAAGAGGCUGGAAAGGAGAUCGAGGAGAGAAAGGGAAAAUCGGUGAGACUCUAGUCUUGCCAAAAAGUGCUUUCACUGUGGGGCUCACGGUGCUGAGCAAGUUUCCUUCUUCAGAUGUGCCCAUUAAAUUUGAUAAGAUCCUGUAUAAUGAAUUCAACCAUUAUGAUAUAGCAACGGGGAAAUUCACGUGCCACAUUGCUGGGGUCUAUUACUCUACCUACCACAUCACUGUUUUCUCCAGGAAUGUUCAGGUGUCUUUGGUCAAAAAUGGAGUAAAAAUACUGCACACCAAAGACGCUUACAUGAGCUCUGAGGACCAGGCCUCUGGCGGCAUUGUCCUGCAGCUGAAGCUCGGGGAUGAGGUGUGGCUGCAGGUGACAGGAGGAGAGAGGUUCAAUGGCUUGUUUGCUGAUGAGGACGAUGACACAACUUUCACAGGGUUCCUUCUGUUCAGCAGCCCGUGACAGAGGAGAGUUUAUAAAUCUGCCACACCAUCCAUCAGAAUCAGCUUGGGAUGAACUUAUUCAGAUGGUUUUACUUUAUUAAUUCCUCCAAUUAUUACAAUAAUCAUAAAAAGGU